GAUUAUAUAAAUUACCAUAUGUAUCUCGAGUCCAUUGUAGCAAGAAAAAUGGCUUCAAAGAAGUGCUCUCUUAUUUUGGUAGUUCUCUUUAUUUGUCUGUUGAGUUUUUCAUCAAAGGCAUUAGCAAGGAACAUUCCGAAUGCUUCGAAACUUUAUCUAUUUUCAGAUGAAAUAGGUCUGAAUAAGAAGAGACUCCUUGCUAGUGUGAAGCCUAAGCCUGAUAAUGCACGUGGCCACAAUUAUGCAGAUCUGAAUAAGAAGAGACUCCUUUCAGAAAAGUGUGGGAGUAGGACACAUCAACCUCAUGCUGAUAGGCCACGUUGCCACAAUUAUCUAUGAAGAUGAUGUUGGAUCAAUUUACGGAUGAAGUUGGUAGAAAAAAAAUAAAUAAUGAGAUAUUGUAUUAAAUAUGCUUGUUGUUUGUUCAAAAAAAAAAUUUUGCUUGUUGUUUAGUUUGAUUUAUUUUCCCUAGGUGGAAAGCUUGUGUUUUGCACGGAUAAAUUCUAAUAAAUAAUCAGCUUGAUUUAU